AUGGAUGUUCAGCUCAAUAGAUCUAUCUCAAAUUUUCCGGAAGCGACCUUCUCCUACCUAGAUGACACCGGCGAGGUUCAAACCACCAUCAUCUCCGACCUAACGAAGGGCAAAAAAGCCAUCAUUUUUGUAGUCCCGGGAGCCUUCACACCAACCUGCUUGCAGAAGCACGUUCAACAGUUAGCGAAGCUGAAGGCGAAAGGCGUGGACAGAAUCGCAUGCGACGCAUUCGUGAUGAAGGUGUGGAAAAAAGACCUCCUGAAAGUCAACGACGAAGUUCUGUUACUUUCUGACGGUAACGGAACGUUCACGAAGGCCAUUGGGUGCGAGUUGAAUCUGAGCGCGGCUACCAAGAUCCAAGGGGUGCAGCUUUGA